ACUUGACCAGAGAUGGGAGCAGCGACUUCUAGACUGUGGAGGUCUAGGAGACAUCUGCAGCAGGAUCAGUCCCAGAUGGCUGCUGAUGCCUCAAACUGAAUCUCGGGUGUGACCUGUGAGGUCAAAGGCGGCUGGCAAUGACCACUGAGUCUACAUUCAGAGAGUCAAGGCACGGAGGUGCAGGUGGCUAGGAGGAGUCGGAUUUUUGUGGUGCCACUGUGUCCCUCUCCGAGACAGUGCAGAAAUGGCGAGAAUACCGACACCAGUGCCAGCGCUUCCUGACUGAGACUCCACCUCCAGCCACAGGCCUGUUUUGCAAUCGGACCUUCGAUGAGUAUGCCUGCUGGCCGGACGGGCUGCCGGGCUCCUUUGUGAAUGUCAGCUGCCCCUGGUACCUGCCCUGGGCCAGCAGUGGAGCUGUGGGCGCAUCUGUCCAGGGUCUCUUCUGUCUGUCGAGUGUCGGAGGGAGGUAGAGGCUGAGUCCUGAAAAUCAGAAGUCGCAACGUGUGUCUGUGGAGCUGUCAGGUGGUCAGCGCCAGACCUGUCAGUACUGUGACUUGAGGUUGGAGGCAGGACAUGGAAAUGGUGCUGCAGGGCCAUGUGUACCGAUUCUGCACGGCUGAGGGCCUGUGGCUGCGCCAGCACAACUCCAGCUUGCCCUGGAGGAACCUGUCCGAGUGCGAGGAGUCCAAGCGAGGGGAGAGAAGCUCCCCAGAGGAGCAGCUCCUGUCCUUUUCCAUCAUCUACACGGUGGGCUAUACACUCUCCUUCUCUGCUCUGGUCAUCGCCUCGGCCAUCCUCCUGAGCUUCAGACACCUGCACUGCACCCGGAACUACAUCCACCUGAACCUGUUUGCGUCCUUCAUCCUCCGAGCGCUGUCCGUCUUCAUCAGGGACGCGGUCCUCAAGUGGAUGUACAGCACGGCCCCCCAGCAGCACCAGUGGGAUGGGCUCCUCUCCUACCAGGAUUCUCUGGGCUGCCGCCUGGUGUUCCUGCUCAUGCAGUACUGCGUGGCAGCCAAUUACUACUGGCUCCUGGUGGAGGGCAUGUACCUGUACACGCUGCUGGCCUUCUCUGUCUUCUGUGAGCAGCGCAUGUUCCAGCUCUAUCUGAGCGUAGGCUGGGGUGUUCCCCUGCUGUUUGUUAUCCCUUGGGGCAUUGUCAAGUACCUCUAUGAGGAUGAGGGCUGCUGGACCAGGAACUCGAACAUGAAUUACUGGCUCAUCAUCCGGCUGCCCAUCCUCUUUGCCAUUGGGGUGAACUUCCUUAUCUUUAUCCGGGUCAUCUGCAUCGUGGUGUCCAAACUGAAAGCCAAUCUCAUGUGCAAGACAGACAUCAAGUGCAGACUUGCCAAGUCCACACUGACGCUUAUCCCCCUGCUGGGGACCCACGAGGUCAUCUUUGCCUUCGUGAUGGAUGAACACGCCCGGGGGAUGCUGCGCUUCAUCAAGCUGUUCACAGAGCUCUCCUUCACCUCCUUCCAGGGGCUGCUGGUGGCCAUCUUGUACUGCUUUGUCAACAAUGAGGUCCAGAUGGAGUUUCGGAGGAGCUGGGAGCGCUGGCGGCUCGAGCACUUGCACGUGCAGAGAGACAGCAGCAUGAGGCCCCUGAAGUGCCCCACCAGCAGCCUGAGCAGCGGGGGCACGACAGGCAAAUGGGCAGUGCCUCCUGGGACCCAUGGCCACAUUUCCUCUGAAGAGAAGCAGCUUGCUAAUUUGAUCACGGCGGCAGGAGAAGAGAAAAACCGAUGGCUGCUAUGACAAGGAGGAUUUCUUGCCGUUAAGCCACCAGGCCCCUGGGGUUCCCCAAGACAGAGCAGCAAAUCAGCCCCACAUUCACACCAAGGUCAAUGGCUUAUUAGCGGGAUGGCGGUUUGCAAGAGGAGGUGGUUCAGGAAGAGGCCUGUGUAGCCUCAGCCAAGCAGAGCUUAGGGAAGGUGAGCCAACUCUGCUUGCCUCCAGUAGGGUCACCACCCCUACUGCCUCCUCAUUAAGGGACACUGUUCCUGUUUGUCACUUGUUCAUCUUGCCCCCAUAUCUCACCACCCAGCUUCUCUGUGGGGGCUUUGUUUGGGCACCACCGCAGCUCUUUCUAGAAACGGCUGUGGAUAGUGUUGAGAACGAAUGCUGAGAAUGUGCCCAACAGUUUCCUUUGCUGGUGUGCCCACUUCUCCCGUGGGUAUUUGACCUGCCUCGGUAUGCUGCCUGCCGCCACUCUGCCCGGGGAACCAGGGCAGGCCUAGUGCCGAGGAGCCCAGCUCUCCAUGUGAGCUCUGAAUUCUAUUCUAGAGAUGUUCUAGAGUCCUCUGGGAUUCAACUCGGGAACUCUAGGAAAUGCUCGCGCUGGGAGGUAUAGUGUACCUGCAACCGUUGGGAACCCAGCAAGGCUGAAGCUUUAUUUCCACCUCCCUGGGGAAAGGCUUUUUGUGACCAGAUUAUGUACCUUGCAUGGGAGUUUGGGUGUGCCCUCUAAGAGCUGUGACCAAAAAGGGACCUCUGGGGGAAACUACCAGUUGCCCCUGUUACCUCGGAAGCUGUCUUCCCCUUGUCCCUGGUUUCUUUACCAUGAAAGUCCGCAACUUGGGAGCCUGUAUAUACUUUAUUCAUUUUUCUUUAUUGCUGUGAAUGGUCUGCAUGUGCAAAUGUGUGACUCUGAUUUCUCCCACCUGAUGGAAAAAAAAGAACGAAACCAUUGUGAUUGUGAUGUUGUUGAGGGGAGUGAGGUAGUAACUGAAUUGACUCAGCCACAUGUUGAGCCAAUCGGUGUUUUCCCUGCCUCCAGUUUCAUCCCAUAAAUAAUGACCAGCAGAGAGGCUACACAGGGAAAACCUCUCAGUCCUGCCCCCACCACCAGGAGAGGGCAGACAUGUAGCAACACUACAGAAACCCAGACAAAAGGGAAAGAGCCAUCCCAGGGAGGCUGGCAGUGAAGUUUGUGGAUGCAAAGGAAGUUUCCCAAGUAGGAGAGAACUCUUAGAGGAGUCCAGACCUCCUGGGAAGGCAGAGGGAGAGGCUUUGGGUGAAUUUCUUUAUGGAUCCAUCCCUCCCUCCUUCUUUUUAAGUGGUGGGGGACCCUCCCCAGAGCCUUGCACCAGACACAUUUUCCUGUGCUUCUCAGAGAGGCAUGUGAUGUACGGGGAAAAUAAUAAUGGGACAUAAAACACAUCAAGCAGAAAAUUUCUUAUACUUCAGCUUCAGUGAAGUGUUGUGUCUUUGUUAAUGGGGAAGCUGAACCUCAGGCUAAAGGCGAAGUAUGCAGAAUGGCUCCUGGAGAAAAUGUAGAGAGGUGGAGGAUGGGGGCACCCCUGCUUCCCCAGAAUAAGAGAGGAUUUUCCAGCAGGCCCCACUCCUUGACUUUCUCUUUGGAGGGGAGAGCAGGAAGGGGGAAGAUGAGUGCCAGUGAGUUGAUGGCGGCGGACAGCUCUGGUGCAAGUGUUUCAGUUUGGGAUAAACAGGAAGAUUCCGAGAAUCAUUAAUACACGGCACAGCAGCAAAGAAAGAACGAGAUUGAUACAACCUGAGAGAAAUAACUGGUUGAGGGGGAGGAGGAAUUGUUGGGAGAAAGUGUUCAGUUCGGCAGCACCAGGGAAGCUCAGUUUGAUUUAAACUGUGAGUAGAGUUCUCUUCCUCCCUGGUAGUGGUGAUUCCUGUUCUCAGAAGGCUCAUCACAUCCCCAUGCUCCAAGCCUUGUAACACUGAGGAACUGUUUUCCUUCAUAGAUACGUAUCAGAUCCUGAAGAAACAUUUUCUUUGCUCCAAGACCCACACUAUUAAUAUUCAUUUGAUUGGCAGUGCACUGCCACCAAACUAUUCUCAAGCUCUCCUAAACUAAAUAUAACUCGAAUAGGUCUGGGAACGAUCACAUGCAGUGUACUCCCCAAAUUCCACUAGCUGUUUACGUGUGUGAUGCCCUAAGUGUGGAGCUUGCUGCACACACUCUUAUCUGCGUCUGUCCUGGAGUGGGGGGUGGGGGGCACGAUUGCUGACCAGCACGUGUGGAUGAUGUGUGUGCGUAUGUGUCAGCUGUGCAGCUAGCAGGGUCUGGGACUAUUGUGAAUCGAGCCUGAGUUCAGCACUCUGGCCAGCUCCCCUUGUUAGGGGCUUAAGUCAUGGGGCCUCCUCUUUACCUUAGAACAGCUAAAUCACAGAACUGAAGCAAACCCCUUACACUGCAAAGCUACUUCAAGAUGACUCUCCAGAUUGCCCACAUGAUUUUCAGUUGCCUCAAUGCAGUCCCCGACGAAGCCCACACCAGCACCAUUCUUGAGGACUCGGAGCAGGGAAAGACCCCACCCAGAUCCAGAGAAGUGAGGAGGGAGGCUUGCAGAGGUGACUUGCUAGAUGGUGGUUGGGCUGGGCCUCCAAGUCCAGUGAGGACUCUGGGAGGAAGGAUAGGUAAGAAAUAUAAACAGCCAUUCAAGAUCUGCUUAGUAAAAGUUGGUCAUGUGUGUCUGGAGUUUCUGUUAAAAAAGGAAAUGCAGGAAUGCACACUCAGCGGUUGAGUGUCUGCCUUUGGCUCAGGGUGUGAUCCUGGGGUCCUGGGAUUAAGUCCCACAUUGGGUUCCCCGCAGAAAGUCUGCUUCUCCCUCUGCCUACGUCUCUGCUUCUCUCUGUGUGUCUUUCAUGAAUAAAUAAAUAAAAAUCUAAAAAAAAAAAAAAGAGGAAAUGCAGCAGCAAAGGUAGACAAGUUAGCUCGUGGAGAUGCCAUCUCCUCAGGGACUUAUACUGCAGAGAGGAGGGGAAUGCUGCGCUUUACUAUCUCUGCUGUAGUACUUCACUCAUCUUGUCUUAAAAUUAAGAAACUGAAAUGCAGGAGAACACACAUGGAAACAGCAAGUGAGCCAUUUUGAACAGCGAAUCCAGCGCUCUUUUAAUGAGCUGGCUUAAUGGUUUUCUGAUGCAUCUGUGCUUAUUUGACAAAUUGUUCUGCUAACCACACAGACAAAGUGAACUAAAGGUCCUAAGCUUCUCUGGCUCUCUAGCCUCCCUGAAGUUGGAGAAGACUAGCAAACUGAGCAGCUUUAGCCUGGCAGGAAUGGCACAGCCACCAUCAAGGGCGGAUAGAGUCAGCUCACAUCCACACCCUGAAAGGCUCAGUCACCACCUCAGUGUGGGCCAUCUUUCAGCAGCUCCCAUCUCCACAAAGAAAGAACACCCUGAGGGUCUGUGUGUGUGUGUGUGUGUGUGUCCUGUGCACAGCAGCAUAAAGUUAGGAGAUGAUGAAUUGGGAAUCAUCCCACCCACUGUGAAGGUCAUGGGACCACACAGUCCAGGACGAAGAUGGGCAGGAGCCUGAGCUGUAGAUGCUUCCUCUCCAUGCACAGACAGGGUUCCAUUAUUGCUAAUGUCUGCGACGUGCUCAGGGAAGGUAAAAUAUAUUCCAGAGGUUUAUUUUCCCUCCACUGAAUUGAUUCUAAUCUACGGUGCUGACCCUGCUUUUGGCUCCUACGAGGAGCCACACUCUAUAAAAACUCUCAAAUAAAAUAUGUCCGUGUCCUCUGCUAAUAGGACAGCUAUGUGAAUGACAUGCUAAGUAUUCAACAGAAACCAAAUGAGUUUCAACUCGAACUUGUUUUCCUUUUCAUUGCUUGCAGUGAGUUUUUUGGGGGAAAGAAAAUGUGAGAAACUUGUGCAAACAACAUUGCCAUGUCCCUACAGUGUUACUUGCUGGCUCAAACCAGCUCUCUGGCCAUGCCUGGAGGGCCACAUCAGGAAGUGUUGUUAAGCAGUGUAAUUCAAACACUUAAUGCCACAGUGUGUCUACAGUAUCUAUAAUUACUUGUGCUCUAUCAGUGGAUACAGAUUGGCAGGAAGCAGAUAAACAUUAUUGUUUUCCCAUUAAUGACCCAAAUCUCUUGCACUUCGCCUACAUCUGAAUCUAUCAGAGAGGAGAGUUUUUGCUUCUCCCCUUUGGCCAUUUUAGUCAGUUUCUCAGGACCUUAUCUAGCGGUGCAUUUUCUCUCUGAUGCACCCAUGUUCCUCCCCACCCCCACAAUACCUCCCUCACCGUCCCCCCCAUCCUCACAAUGAGCUUCCCUACACUCCUCCCCCAUCUAGCCACGUUAGGAAUGCUGCUCUCUCAGCUGUGACCAAUUUGGGGGUGCAGCUGAGAGUGAGGCACUGCCAGGGCUGAAACGAUGCACCACAUUCCAUACUCUGGCACAGUGAGAAGCAUGGCAGCCAGCGGCUUGGAUCCUAACUUACAUUGGGGUUUUGCAACCUUUCUGAUGGGGCCUGUCAAAACUACCAGUAAUUAGUCAACCCGGACAAUCUAGCAUGACUAAUUGCCACUGUGUCAGAGCAAUCUGGGAGAAGGAAAACAUAUAUAAAUGAGAAUGCUUGAAUGUGGUGAGCAAAAAGCUCCCAAAGUUUGGAACAUAUAUAACAAGUUAGGGUCUUGGCUUCUAUGCAGGGGAGCCGGUGAGGGAGGGAUGUCAGACAGAAGCAAGAGUAACCCCAGGCAGGGGCUGGACCUUGCCAAAUGGCUCACACUUUACUUCCAAGUCUGCAGGUCUAAGCUCCUCCCCCUAAAACUAAUCACAUCCUCAAAGCAGAUAAACCUCAACAUCCCAUUGGUUUCGGAGAGGGUCAGAUGUAGAGCUUUGAAUGUGCUGAGAGAGGUGAGCCAUGCUCUCAGGAGCUAGAUUUGUCUUCAGUGCUCUCAGGGGAUGUUUGCUCUUCAUGAAUGUUUAAACAAGAUAAUUUUCAUGCGAUUUCUUAAUGUAUAAAUUCAUGUAAAAUACUAGCUGCGUCUAUACAUGGAUGGUGUGUAAUUCCUUGCACAGACGUGAAAUGGAUUCAGGCUUUUCCCUAAUUUGCCUUGUAAACGUCAAAUAAAGGCUUGUCAUUA